GGAGGGGGCGGCCUCCCCUUUUUCCCUUUUUUCCCCCUAAUUCCGGGGCUGGAGCGCCGUCAGCAGCCUCCGAUGCUGUCCCGGCACACUCCGGAAGGAGGAGGAGCCGCCAGAGCAGCGCCGCUUGCCCCGGAAUCCCGGAGGUUGGAAUCUUUGGGAUCACCGAGUCCAAGCUGGGCCCGAUCCCCACCUUGUCACUGAGUGCAACGUCCAGGCCUUCCCCUCCAGGGAUUUGAACUCUGCUGCUGCCAGAUCCAUCCCGGCCCUGCUGCUCCAGCCGGGAAUUCUGCCAGGAACGCUGCCGGGAAUUCUGCCAGGAGCGCCGCUUUCCCCUUGGGAAUUCUGCUGCUCCCUCGGGAUGCGCCGCCGCUUUUCCUCGGGACUCGCCCGGGGAGGUCGCUCCGGUGUGGCCGCGGGUGAUCCCAAAUCCCGGAUUUGGGGACGAGGAGCCUCUCCCAGGAAUUCCAGCCGGGAAGAGCCGGGAGAUCCAAUUCCUGCAGGAAUUCCAUCUGGGAGUUCCAAUUCCUGCAGGAAUUCCAGCCAGGAAGGAGCUGGGAGUUCCAAUUCCUGCAGGAAUUCCAGCCGGGAAGAGCCGAGGAUGGCCCGGACCUGCCGUGAUUCCCACUUUUAUUACUACGGCAUCAAAUUUGUGCUCUCCGCCUACACCACGCUCUUCUCGUUCUUCUGGGUGCUCCUGCUGAUCCUCCUGGAGAUCGUCUUCGAGAGCAAGCUCCCCCGAGCAGCCGGGCCAUGCUGGAGGACGAGGAUGGGCUGAGCGAGCGCGGCCUGGGCGGCGCCCGGAGGAGAUUCGAGGAUGAGGAAGACUACCACUCCAUCUACAUCGGGGUGCCGGUGCCGCGUGGCUUCCGCAGGAACCGGCGCCGCCGGCGCUCGCCGGGCUCCAGCCGGGAGCGCAGCGGCAGCGAGCGCCGCUUCGGCCCCCGCGAGCCCUCGGACACCGACGAGGGCCAGGGCUGGCCUGAGAGCGGCAACGACAACGCCAGCAGGACCAUGUCCCCGGCUGCGGAACGGCUCCGGUACAUCCUGGGGGAGGAGGAUGAGCCCCCCAACCCCACGCUCUUCACCGAGAUGGACACGCUGCAGCGCGACGGCGACGACAUGGAGUGGAAGGAAUCUGCCAGGUGGAUCAAGUUUGAGGAGAAGGUGGAGGAAGGAGGCGAGAGGUGGAGCAAACCCCACGUGUCCACGUUGUCCCUACACAGCCUCUUUGAGCUGCGGACGUGUCUCCAGACGGGAACGGUGCUCCUGGACCUGGAUGGAUACUCCUUGCCCCAAAUUAUUGACGAUGUCAUUGAGAAGCAGAUUGAGGACGGGCUGCUGAAGCCAGAGCUGCGGGAGAAGCUCAGCUACGUCCUCCUGCGCAAGCACCGCCACCAGACCAAGAAGCCGAUCCACCGCUCCCUGGCCGACAUCGGCAAGUCCGUGUCCUCCAGCACAGCCCGCAGCCCCGGGCGGGGCCCAGCCGCCGGCGCCGCCUUCCACCGCUCCACCGAGGACCUGCGGAUGCGGCAGAGCGCCAGCUACGGCCGCCUGCGUCACGCCCAGAGCCGGAGCAUGAAUGACAUUUCGGACACACCGAGCACUGACCAGCUGAAGAACAAGUUCAUCAAGAAGAUCCCCAAGGACGCCGAGGCCUCCAACGUGCUGGUGGGGGAGGUGGAGUUCCUGGAGAAGCCCUUCGUGGCCUUUGUGCGGCUGCUCCAGGCCACCAUGCUGGGGGGGGUGACGGAGGUGCCUGUCCCCACCAGGUUCCUCUUCAUUCUCCUGGGUCCGGCGGGAAAAGCCAAGUCCUACAAUGAGAUCGGCAGGGCCAUCGCCACGCUCAUGGUGGACGAUCUCUUCAGCGACGUUGCCUACAAAGCCCGGGACAGGGAGGAUCUGAUCGCCGGCAUCGACGAGUUCCUGGACGAGGUCAUCGUCCUUCCGCCUGGCGAGUGGGACCCCAACAUUCGCAUUGAGCCUCCCAAAAAAGUGCCCUCAGCUGAGAAGAGGAAGUCGGUGUUCUCGCUGAACGAGGUGGGGCAGAUGAACGGCGUGGCCGGCGGGGCGGGCGCCGGGGGCGGCGGCGGUGGCGGCAGCGAUGAUGGGGAGAUGCCCGAAGUCCACGAGAUCGGGGAGGAGCUGGCCUGGACGGGCAGGUUUUGUGGCGGCCUCUACCUGGAUAUCAAGAGGAAGCUGCCCUGGUUCCCGAGCGACUUCUACGAAGGUUUCCAUAUCCAGUCCAUCUCCGCCAUCCUCUUCAUCUACCUGGGCUGCAUCACCAACGCCAUCACCUUCGGGGGGCUGCUGGGGGACGCCACUGACAACUACCAGGGGGUUAUGGAGAGCUUCCUGGGCACGGCCAUGGCCGGCUCCAUGUUCUGCCUCUUCGCCGGGCAGCCCCUCAUCAUCCUCAGCAGCACCGGCCCCAUCCUCAUCUUCGAGAAGCUGCUCUUCGACUUCAGCAAAGGCAACGGGAUCGACUACAUGGAAUUCCGCCUGUGGAUCGGGCUGCACUCGGCCCUGCAGUGCCUUAUCCUGGUGGCCACCGACGCCAGCUUCAUCAUAAAGUACAUCACGCGCUUCACUGAGGAGGGCUUCUCCACCCUCAUCAGCUUCAUCUUCAUCUAUGACGCCAUCAAGAAGAUGAUCGGGGCCUUCAAGUACUACCCCAUCAACUCCGACUUCAAGCCCGACUAUGUGACCAUGUACAAGUGCGAGUGCGUCGCCCCCGACCCAGCCAACGCGACCUCGUUCGAUGCUCCAGCUCCAGUGGCACCGAACACCACUAACGUGUCUCUGUCCAAUGCUCUCAACCUCACAGCUCUGGACUGGACCCAGCUGAGCAAGAAGGAAUGCCUCAAAUACGGCGGCAGCUUAGUGGGAAAAUCCUGCAAAUUCGUGCCCGACCUGGCCCUCAUGUCCUUCAUCCUCUUCUUCGGCACCUACUCCAUGACCCUGACCCUUAAAAAGUUCAAAUUCAGCCGCUACUUCCCCACCAAGCUCCGUAAGCUCAUUAGCGACUUCUCAAUCUUUAUGUCCAUUCUAAUGUUUGUGGGGCUGGAUGUGCUUUUUGGACUCAACACCCCAAAGCUCCAAGUGCCUACCGACUUCAAGCCCACGCGCGUGGACCGGGGCUGGUUCGUGUUCCCCUUCGGGAAGAACCCGUGGUGGGUGUACCUGGCCAGCGCCCUGCCCGCCCUGCUGGUCACCAUCCUCAUCUUCAUGGACCAGCAGAUCACGGCCGUCAUCGUCAACAGGAAGGAGCACAAGCUGCGGAAGGCAGCCGGGUACCACCUGGACCUCUUCUGGGUGGGCAUCCUGAUGGCCGUGUGCUCCUUCAUGGGGCUGCCCUGGUACGUGGCCGCCACCGUCAUCUCCAUCGCCCACAUCGACAGCCUCAAGAUGGAGACCGAGACCAGCGCCCCGGGGGAGCAGCCCCAGUUCCUGGGGGUCAGGGAGCAGAGGGUGACCGGCAUCAUCGUCUUCGUGCUGACGGGCAUUUCAGUUUUCCUGGCUCCUAUCCUGAAGUACAUCCCCAUGCCGGUGCUCUACGGCGUCUUCCUCUACAUGGGCGUGGCGUCGCUGAACGGCAUCCAGUUUUGGGAACGUUGCAAGCUCUUCCUGAUGCCGGCCAAGCACCAGCCCGACUACGUGUUCCUGCGGCAUGUCCCGCUGCGCCGCAUCCACCUCUUCACCCUGGUGCAGAUCGUCUGCCUGGCCGUGCUCUGGAUCCUCAAAUCCACCGUGGCUGCCAUCAUCUUCCCCGUCAUGAUCUUGGCCCUGAUCCUGGUCAGGCGGCUCCUGGAUUUCGUCUUCUCCCAACACGACCUGGCCUGGAUUGACAACAUCAUCCCCGAGAAGGAGAAGAAGAAGGAGGACGACAAGAAGAAGAAGAAAAAAGGCAACAAAGGCGACAGCAGCAGCGACGAGGAGGAAAGAGGGCCUCCACCUGGAGCUUUGCGUUCUGACUCCUCCCCGAACGGCUCGGACAUGGACCGCAGCAUCACCCUCCACCUGAAGAUCUCGUGCCCGUCGUCGCCCGCCUUCAGCUACCCCCGCAGCACCGUGUGCGCCGUGCCCCAGGUGAAGAUCGAGAUGGAGUCGGACUACGAGGACAGCGACGCGGAGAAGGCGCCGCGGGACAUGGGCAGCGAGACCACGCUAUAGCCCCGCCCAGCAGCCAAACUCGAUUUAAUUUAUAUAUAUAUAUAUAUAUAUGUAAAUGGAUGUAUAUGUAUGUAUAGAGGUAGCGCCGCGGGCACGUGCACGGAUAAAGGAAUCGGCUUCGCUUCUCUUCGCUGGACGCGGGCGGCCCUGGUGGAUUUAGGGUUUGUGCCCCCGUGGAUUUAGGGUCUGUGCCCUGGUGGAUUUUAAGAUCGCACACCCCGGUGGAUUUAGGGUCUGAGCCCUGGUGGAUUUAGGGCCCUGCACCACGGUGGAUUUAGGACUGCGCACGCCCCAGUGGAUUUAGGGUCUGUGCCCCGGUGGAUUUAGGGCC